CAGAUCCAGUCCAGUGCAAAUUUUGGAAUGGAUGGUUUGAUGUUUAUUGGAUAAGAAGUCUUGUGUGAAAUAUAAUUGUUUUAUCAUUUCUUGUCCUACAUAAUGUGUUUAGGUAAAAGUGGAUCGAACAGUUAAAAUGUAACAUUCGUAUAGUCUUAAGUAGGAUUUUCUGGUUAUGGAGGUGACCCAAUAUCAGUGAAACAUUUUCGUUGGAAGUUUUGCUCAAUUUCGCAUAUGAUUAGAUUAUUGCACUAAUCGAGCUGCUGCACCUGUUUCGUGAAUCUAUUAAACUGUAUAAUAGUAUGUGACGUGACAGGAAGCAAUUCAUCUCAGUCAUCAAAUAGUGUCCCUUCGUUUGAUGAUAUUGGCGAAAAUAGUGUAGUGAUUAAUCAUGGCUUCCAAAAUGAGCGCUGAAGGUAGAGCCAACGAAAAUUCAGCGAAGGACAAAAAGUAUAUAUCCGUUGCCGAGUUUUACCAUGGUAGGAGCAUCUUCAUUACCGGAGGCACUGGUUUCAUGGGAAAGGUUCUCAUUGAAAAGCUGUUGCGUUCUUGUCCUGGAAUAAAGAAUAUUUUUAUUCUGAUUCGUCCGAAACGAGGACAGGACAUUUCGGCCAGGUUGACAGAAAUUUUGAACAGUCCGCUAUUCGACAGAAUACGGAACGAAAAUCCAGGCAACCUAAAAAAAGUCAUUCCAAUUAAUGGCGAUAUUACGUUAAACGAACUAGGAAUUUCGGAAAUUGACCAGAUCACGAUAUGCCAAGAGGUAUCCAUAGUGUUCCAUUCUGCAGCUACAGUCAAGUUUGAUGAAAAAAUCAAACAAUCUGUCACGAUCAACAUGUUAGGCACAAAACAGUUGAUGGAACUGUGUCACCGAAUGCUCUGCUUGGAUGCUCUAGUGCAUGUCUCCACGGCGUACUGCAAUUGCGACAAGAAAGAGGUAACCGAGAUUAUUUACCCGCCACCGUACAACCCGGACGAUAUUAUUCAAUUGGUUCGGUGGUUCCCCGAAGAUAUGUUGGAAAAGUUAACCCCGUCGCUGAUUGGCAACAGACCAAACAGCUACACAUUUACCAAGGCCAUGGCGGAACAUAUGCUCCUGAAAGAAGCAAAGGGUUUACCUGUGUCGAUUGUUAGGCCUUCCAUCGUAUUGUCCAGCUUCAAGGAACCUGUCAGCGGUUGGGUAGAUAAUUUCAACGGUCCGACCGGUAUCGUUUCGGCAGUCAGCAAAGGACUGUUCAGAACCAUUUUGUGCGAGGAAUCCUGCGUGGCGGAUCUGAUACCGGUCGAUUUGGUUAUAAACCUGAUGAUUGUUACUGCUUGGUAUACAGCAUCGCGUAAAGGUGCAAAUAAUAUCACAGUCUAUAAUUGCACGAGUGGCAUCGAUAAUCCCAUCACAUGGGGAUCUUUUGUGAGAAUGUGCAUAGAUAAUAUGAGAAAACACCCUGUCGAGGGUGUAUUGUGGUUCCCAACGGGGAAUCUGCGAACCAACAAGGCUUUGAAUCUUAUCCAUGGAUUUUUAGUACACUUCAUUCCUGCAAUUUUCCUAGAUUUAGUUUCCAUCGCAACUGGACGAAAACCAAUAAUGAAGAUCGUUCAAAUGAAGUUGGGCAAAGCCGCGACAUGUCUGCAAUAUUUUACCAAUGCUCAGUGGCGCUUCCGCAAUGAUAACGUUAAACAUCUACUAACUCAACUCAACUCCGAAGAUAGAAACACAUUCCAAUUUGAUGUCGGUACUAUUGAUUGGCACGAGUACAUCGAAAGAUAUGUACUAGGCUUUCGCGAAUUCUUGUUCAAACAAAAUCCUCAGUCUCUAGAGAAGUGUAGAAAUAAUAUGUACAAAUUGUAUAUUCUACAUCAGUUUUUCAAACUGAUACUGGUCGGGUGCAUGUGGCGAUUUCUUCUGAAAAAAUCGGAUCGGUUACGUACUAUUUGGUCGAAGCUUCUAAACGCUUUCGCGCGAGUUAUUAACGUAUUAGCUCUUUUCUAAUAUUUCGUUCAUCUAGAAAAUGAGAGGGGGUUGCAACAUCUAUUUAAUUUAUUAGUCCAUAUGUAUAUUUAUUCCAACCAUAAGAAUUUACCCGGGCAAAAGAUAACAUGCAUAAUAAAACAAUACCAAGUGAA